UGGCCUGGGAGGCACACGCGGAAGGAAGCCCGCCAUUGAAACAUACACCAACGUGAAGAUUUCGUUCCCGGGCUGUUGUUGUCAAAAUUGGCAAAAUUGUGUUAAUAACACAUCGUAAACCAACAUACGAGAUGGCGUACAGAGGGCAAGGACAGAAGGUCCAGAAGGUUAUGGUGCAGCCAAUUAACCUCAUCUUUAGGUAUCUUCAGAAUCGCUCAAAGAUCCAGGUGUGGUUGUAUGAACAAGUGAACAUGCGGAUAGAGGGAUGCAUCAUCGGUUUUGAUGAGUACAUGAACCUGGUGCUAGAUGAUGCAGAAGAGGUACACAUGAAGACUAAGAACAGAAAGCCACUGGGGAGGAUCAUGCUCAAAGGAGACAACAUCACCCUCCUACAGAGUGUGCCCAGCUAACUCAAUGUGACAAAACCAAUUUAGGAGUCUGGUCCAAAAUGUUUUGUUUUUUGUUUUUUUCCUAGUCAUGUUUGUUUUUGGAAAUGGUAUAAUGUUUGUAUGACAAAUGAUGUUUCAUUUACCAAGAGGCUGUCAAUUUGAAAUAAAGUUUCUUUUCUUACUA